AUGAAUUCAGAUUUGCAGUAUGACCCUGUGUGUAAUAAGAAGGAGAGCUUGCUUCAGACCAGAGAAAGAAAUCUUACAAAAUACACAGAUACUUCUAUGAAAGAUUCUUCAGCAAACAGUGACAUAAACAGUAUAAUAUCACACGAUUAUCACAAGCAAAUAAACACAGAUACGAAAGCGUAUCAAUCCACGCUGGAGCCUCCGAAUUCUUAUUUAAACCGUCAGACAGAUAAAGCAAGCAUUGGAACUCACAAUGACAGAUCGUUUAAAAUUAAUUCAGACUUGAAAACAAGUAGCACAUAUGGAAUCAGAAAAAAUACCUAUGUAGAUGAUGGUGCUAGCAGCCAGAGAUCAAAAAUGACUUCUAGCAGCUUAAUACCUCGUCAUGGAACUUCAUCAUCUGACCACUUACUUGAUCGGCAAAGUUUGGUUUCACCCGCCAGUUCUUUCACAUCCCUUUAUUCCAAUAGUUCAAAGAGAGGUUUUAUUGACCAUAUGAGUGCAGAAUUUACAACCAACAAGAACUUGGAGAGACAAUCACAACUAACUACAGCCAAUGUAGAAAACUUUGAGUCUAAGUUAGAACCGAAGAAAACAAGCAGUUUAAGCUCACUAUCGUGCGCACAGCCAAGUUACGAUAGGAAGCAAACAACGCUGAAUAAAUUGCAUGAAGUAGAGGAAUGUGGAGAUUAUCGUCCUCGAACGCCAGCUGGGCUCAGUUGUAAUUUCUCUGCGAGUGUUUCCUCCCUCUUGCUAAAUCUACUUGAUCUAGUAGAUCAACAUUGGAAUGGUUCAAGAUCCCUUCAGUCAAACCAAAGAUUUCUGACUCCAGCUCAUGAACUACUGUCCAAUUUGGUUAACUCAGUGUCCAUACCAAAAAUUCAAAGCCUAGAGAAAAAGGUUAAAGCAUUGACUGAAGAAAACAAAUCUUUGCUGACCAGAACAGGUUUUGGCCUGGACACUGCAGAAUUACAGCGUGUGAAGCAUCAAUUAACUCAGAAACAAGAUGAUCUGGAAGGUUUAAGAGGAAGGCUAGCAAAAGUUUUGGAUGAAAAUAACAAGCUGCGUUCUCAACUAACAAGUUUGGAACUAGCUAAUUGUGCUGGAAAUCACCUACAGAACAAGGACUUGCAGAAAGAUAACGAAAGACUAAAUUUGGAGGUUGAAUACCUGAAUCAGCAAAUAAAACAAUACAGCAAAUUACAAGAAACUGUCACCAUGUUACAGGAGAGUCACAGAUCUCUAGUAUCUACCAAUAAUUACCUACAGCAGCAGCUGAACAUAACUAGUGCUGGCCAAAACAAUGAUGCACCAUACCAUCAUAAUUCUCAUCGGACGAAAGCAUGGAGUAAACUCCCACCUUCAGAAAUCACAGAAUUGCCCUUAUCAUCUAAACGUAGCUAUCACAGUACCUCAGAUAUACUGUAA